GUCUCGUUUGCCAGCUGAUUUACACGAAAUUUUUCAGAAAAAAAUUGUUUUCGUGGAAUAAAUUUUCUUAUUUUUUGUGGCGCGAAGCAGCACCAACUUUUGACGAAUUCCAAGCAAAAAUGGAUGGAUUUUUCAGUCUUUUUGAUCCGUCGGAGGACGACAAUGCGGGAUCCGAGACGCGACAUCGCACGAACGGACAUCAUCCGCGUUACAAAGACACGAACGGCAAUUCGCGGCAUCACAGCAACAUCAAAAAAUAUCGCGGCGAAAAUGGGCGCGAAGAACAUCAAAUUUUGGACUUUGAUCAGGGCAAGUUGCCGCCCGAACCGCAACUCGGCAACAUUGAGUACAAAUUGAAGCUGAUAAAUCCGGGGGCGCAACGUUUGGAGCAUUUGGUGACACAGAUGAAGUGGCGUUUGAGGGAAGGCGCCGGCGAAGCAAUUUACGAGAUUGGCGUUUCGGAUAACGGGCAGUUGUAUGGAUUGACGGAAAAUGACAUGAAUGCGUCGUUGCAGACUUUGACGACGAUGGCGCAGAAAUUGGGUGCGACGACGAACGUUCUGAGGAGGAAAAGUAUUCCAGGUCGUCGUUCAGUUUGCGAAGUCCUCGUACGCAAAAUUCCCGAAGAUCAGCACAACAUCGAGCUCCGCGUCGCAGUUUUAGGCGCCAACGAUGCCGGAAAAUCCACUCUCCUCGGCGUCUUAACGCAAAACGAGAUGGAUAACGGUCGCGGAAGGGCUCGUCUCAACAUGUUCCGGCAUCUGCACGAAAUCCAAACGGGUCGAACUUCCUGCAUCAGUCACGAAACACUCGGCUUCGAUGCCGAUGGCAACGUCAUCAACUACGGCGGCGGCGAAAUGAUUACCGCGGAAGAAAUUAGCGACAAAUCGACAAAGCUCGUGUCAUUCAUGGACUGCGCCGGCUAUCGACGCUACAUGAAAACCACGGUUCACGCAUUAUCGGGCUACUUACCGAACAUUGCGUGCUUGGUAAUUUCCGCAGCGGGCGUUAACAAAUCUCUCGGCACCAAUACGGAGGAACACAUGCAAAUAAUUCGCGCUCUCGGGAUGCCCUUCUUCUGUGUCAUCACGAAAAUCGAUUUGACAUCGCCCGAGUUGACAAUUCGCGAAUUGACGCUGUUUCUCACCUCGAUCGGAUGUCGCAAAGUGCCAUAUGUCAUUUAUAACGAAGACGAUGUGCUAACUGCGAAUGCUCGUCUCUCCGAAAAUGUCGUUCCAAUCUUUUGCGUUUCCAAUGUCACGGGCGUGGGACUUGAUUUAUUGAGCAAAUUCCUCUUUGUACUGUCGCCAGACACGAGCAACACGGAAAAAGAGCGUUUGGAGAAGGAACCGAUCCUCUUUCACAUCGACGAGAUCUUCAAAGUUGCCGAAAUUGGUCUCGUGGCGGGCGGAUUGCUCGUGAAAGGAAUUAUUACGGAAAAUACAAAAGCUAAAGUUGGUCCCCUGAACGACGGAUCCUUCCAACCGAUCGAAAUUCAAACGAUUCAUCGGAACAAAGCGCCAUGCCGCAUCGUCAAGGCAUUGCAAAGUGCAUCACUUUCCUUCGCGGAUGCCGAAAACUUACCUCAAAUUCGCAGCGGAAUGGUAAUUCUCGCGAAUGAUGAUGACGACGACGAAGGCCCGCCAUUUGGGUCGUACUUCUUUCAGGCAACCAUCAGUGUGCUGCAUCACAAAACGACAAUUAACGCGGGAUUCCAAUGCACCGUGCACAUCAACUCGAUACGACAAACUGCCAUUAUCGAAGGUAUUAUGGGCUCCCAGGGCCUCUCGACGGGCAAAUCUGGCUCGGCGUUAUUCCGCUUCGUCGGGCAUCCGGAAUACGUUAAACCGGGCAUGAGAAUUCUCUUCAGAGAAGGGGCGACAAAAGGCAUUGGAACAGUAACGCAAGUCUUUGCCUUGAACGAAAAAGCUUGUUAAGCCCUUUUCUGACUUUUAAGCUUUCAAACGUGAAUUAAAAUUCGUACAAGAUACGAACCAACUUUUAUUAAACUACUUCUUAAGUUCAGAAAAAAUACAAAACAUGACGUUCAACAAAAAAAGAGAAAUAUCAUAAAAUAUUCUGUGAUUUCGCUUAAAAAUAAUUUUUUUCUAUAGUAACUUAAAUAAUCACGUAGAGUAAAAAAAUAGCAAUAUCGCUCAAAACUGAAUUUCAACAAAAAAUUUUUUCUAAUAUUUAGACGAUAGAAACAAAAAAUUAAUUUAUUUUUCAUCUCAUUUUACUUUAAAAAAAAACUUUUCAAAUUAGAAGGAAAGCUUUCAAGAAUUAAACAAAAAGUUGUAUUAUACUUAUAAAUAUUAAUUAAUAGUGAAUUUGACGUGAGUUUGUUCCUU